UCCCUCCGCUCCACGUCCUCGCACGCGCCGCGCACCGCCGCCAGCCUCUCUGCCGUCUGCACGCCCGCAGGCACCGCUGCUGCUGCCAGUGCUGCGCGCACGCCGUCGUCGUCGUUCACGUCACGAGCCAGCCUCGUCUUUCAGACGCACCAAAAAAACACAUCAGCCUCGCGUUUCAGUCGUUCGUUGAGCUAGAUUCGAUCGUGCACCGCGUCCGCCUGCUAGAGGCCACUCGCGCGCGCGCCGGCUCGCCCCUUCUCCAAUCGCGACGAUGGCCGUGGGUGUCGCACUGCCCGGCGCGUCGGGUGCCGCAAAGGGCGCCUCGGCCGCGUCGCCGCCGGCAGAGGGCAGCAGCAGCAAGGGCAAGGGCAGCAGCGGCGAUGUCGUCGACCGCGCCGCCCUCGCCGCGCAGCACCCCGUGCCGCACGGCGAGAAGGAGGCCAUGAGCCUCGAGCAGCAGCUCGCCAGCGUGCAUGGCAUCGUGCCGACCCUGCAAAACAUCGUCGCCACCGUCAACCUCGAGGUCCGUCUCGACCUCAAGACGAUUGCGCUGCAUGCGCGCAACGCCGAGUACAACCCUAAGCGUUUCGCUGCCGUCAUCAUGCGUAUCCGCGAGCCCAAGACGACGGCCCUCAUCUUUGCCAGCGGCAAGAUGGUCGUCACGGGCGCCAAGAGCGAGGACGACUCGCGCCUGGCGAGCCGCAAGUACGCGCGCAUCAUCCAGAAGCUCGGCUUCGAGGCGAAGUUCAGCGAGUUCAAGAUCCAGAACAUCGUCGGCAGCUGCGACGUGCGCUUCCCGAUCCGCCUCGAGGGCCUGGCCUACGCCCACGGUCACUUCUCGUCGUACGAGCCCGAGCUCUUCCCCGGCCUCAUCUACCGCAUGGUCAAGCCCAAGGUCGUGCUGCUCAUCUUCGUCAGUGGCAAGAUCGUCCUCACGGGCGCCAAGGUGCGCGACGAGAUCUACCAGGCCUUCAACGCCAUCCUGCCCGUGCUCUCCGAGUACAAGAAGCCUUGAAGUGGCUGGCUCCUCGUCGACGCUUCACGCAUCGCCUUCUCGUCACUCGUCACGCACGCAUCAAGACACUCUCAAAAACCCAACUAAUCGCAGCGCAGCCGCGCUCUGGUGGCGCGCACGGCGGGCAGAUCGACACUUCCACGUCUCUGUCUGCGUGCGCCCUCGGCUUCACACCCCUCGCAGCCGCACCAAAGCGCACCUUCUUCCCAAUCUUCACCCAGCAUUUCCCUCCACACUUGUUCCUCCCUCCCCACCCCUCUUGUGAAGCUCCACGCAGCUGUCCCACCUCGAUGUCAUCUUGUACUCUAAUCACACGCUUUGUU